GCAGGCGAUGACUCAGGAUGCAGCCAGGGGCUACGACGUGCACAGAGGACCGCAUCCAGCACGCCCUGGAGCGCUGCCUGCACGGACUCAGCCUCAACCGGCGCCGCUCCACCUCCUGGUCAGCCGGGCUGUGUCUGAACUGCUGGAGCCUGCAGGAGCUGGUCAGCAGGGACCCGGGCCACUUCCUCAUCCUCCUGGAGCAGAUCCUGCAGAAGACACAAGAGGUCCAAGAGAAGGGUUCCUAUGACCUCUUCACGCCCCUGGCCCUGCUCUUCUACUCCACGGUCCUCUGUACACCACACUUCCCGCCGGACUCAGACCUUCUUCUGAAAGCAGCCGGCACCUACCACCGAUUCCUGACCUGGCCCGUUCCGUACUGCAGCAUCAGCCAGGAGCUGCUCAGCUUCAUCGACGCUGAGCUCAAGGCCCCAG